UGUUCACACAUUAGGUCGAGUUAGUCGAAUAAUUUAAUUAUGAUAAUUCAAUAAGUAAGUGAAUUAAUAACGAUUAUUUGGUUCGGCCAACUUUCAAUAUCCGUACGUUGACUUAUUAUAUUAAAAUCGCGAGUGACACUUGAGUUGAAAAAAAGAUUUUGCGAUACAAUAUUAAGUGAUUCCCCCAGUAAUGGAACAUGCUAAAGAAAGCCAGUCUGGGCGCCAAAAUGUACUGAAGCAGUAUGAAUCGAAAAAUCCCACACAACUGAACUAUCCAAACCCAACACGCAGCGAUAAUAACCUAUUUCACAUGAUAAAAUGCCAUGAAAAUAGUCUUCUUAGACUUCAUCACUUGACUGCUGGAAGACAAAUGAACAACUACGAAACAUAUCAAAAUGACUUGAGUUGGUAUCAGAAAGACAUGCAGCGGCCUUACAUGAAGCCUGUAGAUUAUUUAGCAUAUGAGGACAUGCGAAGGAAAUACAACUCUGCAAGCAAUGAGAAAGAGAAGGAACAAAAGGAGUCGGAGGAAGAAAAGGAGUGCAAGACUGAUGACAGGAAAAAGCCGAGGAGGAAUAGAACUACGUUUACAAGUCAGCAGUUGGCUGCUCUUGAGAAAGUGUUUGAGAAAACUCAUUACCCGGAUGCAUUUGUUAGAGAAGAUUUAGCCACCAGAGUAAAUUUAACAGAAGCUAGAGUUCAGGUUUGGUUUCAAAACCGCCGAGCGAAAUUUCGUCGGAACGAACGAUCUGCCCUAUCGAGUAACAGGAAUCCAGGAAAUCAAAGCUCUCCAGAACCCUUGCCGGUGCCCAUCGGCAUGCCCCAGACGGAACAGCGGCCAGACAUGGGCCGCACAAAAGAACCUUGGUUGCAUCAUUUUCAAUCAAACAACCUGAACUUCAAUCUUGGACUACCAAUUUCCAAUUCGAGUCUCUACCAAAAUGACUAUCCUAUAAUGAUGCCAAAUGUUAACAAUAGGCAGUAUGCAAACAAUCCUUUGAUGAACCAAGGUAUGGGGAACUAUGGUAACACAGCUGAGAGCGGUUAUGGAUCAUGUUCUCUUAUUGGAGGUUAUGGAGCAUCUCUGCCACCAGCUCAUCACAGUUCCUACAACCUUAACCUUCGUCUCCGUCCUCAUGAUUUUAGUCUGAAUAAUAUAGCUUUAUGAUCUGAAAACACCUUUUGUACUUUUCAUUUCUUACAAGCGUUGCCCAUCGCUUGUAAUAACACCGCAGACGUCAUUGCCCGACGCUUUCCAAGUAUUUUAGACAAACUGAUAGCCAUAGGCAAGAUGGAGGGCAAAAGACUGCGAACGAUCAUAUAGCCGCUGAUCGGACCCGAUCAAGACGCUCACUGGUCUACCAAUUAAGACCACAAUAAGGAAAGCCGAGGACUGAGAGGAGUGGAAGGCUUUAGUGAACAACGUUACGAAAACCUUGAACUGCGGACACGACCUUCAGAACAGAAGAACGCGACCUAGAAGAGUGUUAUUACAAGCAUAUGAGAUAUUACACCUCAAGUCUUAUUGAAGGGCGCAGCAAGAUGUAAUUGUAGCCGUAGCGCAUUAUGCAUGCCUUAGUUUUGUAUUGCGGCUCAGAUCACAUUGAUAACGUCUCUUAGCAUCGAGGUGAAUGUUGGUCCUUUACUGCCAUAAAUAAAGAAGCCUUUACGACACAAGAACUUCAAAGCAAUACCGACUUGCCUAUAUGGUAUGCCACUACAGCACACAGCAAGCCUAUAUAAUUUAUAUGAAACAGAAUAUUCCGACCCUUGACCUGAAAUUCCGGCGAGUCGUGCGGGAUCAUUGCCACAAAUUAUGUUAAUUAAGUUUGAUAAUAAAUUAUCAAAAAUUA